AUUUUUUUAUAGGUUAUAUUUGUUUACUGAUUUUCGAAAAAAUUAUGACUAAAUCCAGAAAUAAUCUAUUCAGAAAAUGUCAGUAUUACGAUCAAUCAGUCGAUGUUUCCUCGACAAAAAAAUCUACUCAAUCAAGCCAAUACCGAAGUCCUCUUUUUCAGUAAAUAUGAAUACUAGAAAAAUUAGUUCUGAAGUAGAAAAGGCCGUUUCGGCUAAGUUGGAUCGUAGCAAACCUACAAUUUUCGAUAAAAUCAUUUCCAAAGAGAUCCCUGCAGACAUAAUUUAUGAAAAUGACAGGCUUUUAGCUUUCAACGAUGUGAGUCCUCAGGCUCCUGUACACUUUUUGGUGAUACCUAAGAAAAGGAUUGCAUUACUAAAUGAUGCAGAAGAAAAUGAUAAAGAUUUACUUGGUGAAUUGAUUCUCAUUGCAAGUAAAUUGGGCAAAGAAAAACUUCCUGGUGGUUACAGAUUGGUAAUAAAUAAUGGUAAAGAUGGAUGUCAAUCAGUUUUUCAUCUGCAUGUACAUGUACUGGGUGGAAGACAAAUGAAAUGGCCUCCUGGUUGAAAUGAUGAUGCUUGUUUUUGUUACUCUAUAUUGUUUAUUUCAAUAAAGUUAUGCUUAUGA